AUGAAAGAUUUAUUGGUUCAGUUAGAUGAUUUACCGUAUGAAAUUCUUACGUAUAUAUUUGAAAAAUUGUACAAUCAUGAAGUACUUUAUUCUUUAAUGGGUGUCAAUCAACGAAUCAAUAGAAUUGCGCAUGAUAGAAUUUUUACUCGUCAUUUACGUUUACUGGAAUAUUGUCGAAUCGACGAUUCUUCCCUUCCAUUAUCAGAUUUAAUACUUAAUCGAUUUUGUUCAAGAAUUUUACCUGAAAUUGGACAUGAAAUUGAAACUCUUUAUCUUGAAGGAACAUCGAUAGAACGUGUUCUUCAUGCUACAAAUUAUCCUAAUUUAAAUAAUCUUGGUUUAUGUGAUAUUGACGAUAAACUAGCUAUGUCUUUCUUUUCUGAUACAAAUCCUCUAAUUCAUGUAUUCAACAAUCAAAUUUCAUCACUCUUUAUCAGUUCUUUUAAUAAAGAAAACGAUUUGUUUUCACAGAGCCAUAUCUAUGAAUCUAUAUUUACAAAAAUUUGGACUAUAUUUACUAAUUUACGAUGCUUAAAUUUCAAUUCAUCAUCUUUUCGUGACGAUGUAUUUGUUAGAAUUAUUUUACCUGAAACUGCUAUCUCCUCAACUUUAUUAGAAUUACAUGUCAAUGGGAUAAGUAUGAUGGACUGUCUUGAGAUACUUGAUGGACAUUUUGAUCAACUUCGUAUACUUUAUAUUAACUUGUAUUAUAUUAGGGCUUUGUCUUUCAACAAAGAACGAAAUGAAAACUUAUUACCAAAUUUGCGAAUUUUUUCUUUGCGUUGCGAUCAUCAGAUAUCAUUAGAUAAUUUUAAAGAAUCAGUUGUGUCACUUCUACGUCGAAUGAUAAAUUUAGAAGUACUUGAUUUAAAUAUAACAGUUCAGUGUUAUGAAAAAUUUAUCGAUGGUGAUAUAUUGAAGAAAGAUAUUAUGAUUCAUAUGGCACAAUUAUAUAAAUUUACAUUUAAUAUUUACUCAACCAUUAAUCAUCGUUAUCAAACUAAUUUCGCAUUAAAUGAAUCUAUUGAAAAAACAUUUAAAUAUUUUUCUAACAAUCAAAUAAUUACUUGUAUUGAUCAUUUUCAAAGAUAUAGUCGAUGUCAUAUUUAUUCAUAUCCAUAUCAAUGGAAAAUUUACGAUCAUAUAACAAAUAAUUUUCGAGAUGGAUUAUUUACUAGUGUUACUCAAGUAUUAUUACGUGAUGAGCAUCCAUUUGAACAUGAAUUUUUUCUUCGAAUUUCGAAAUCGUUUCCAUUUAUGAAACAAUUAACAAUAAUGAAUUGGGAAGCACAACAAAUAAAAUCAAAUAAUGAUGAUAAAAUAUUAUCAAUUAUUGAAUAUCCCAAUCUUACUCGACUGAAUCUUACUUUUACUCAUGAUGAUUAUGUUCAACUAUUUUUAUUUAAUAUGAAAAUGUCUUUACCAAAUAAUCUUCAUCUUCGUGUUGAUUAUGAAUCACUAGAAAGAGUGACAUACUGUUUUACAAGAUAUAUGACAGAAAAUAAUUCUACAAAAUUUGCUGCUCUAUAUUUUGAUCCAGGGGAUCAAAUCGAUGAAUAUCAUAUCAAAAACUAUUUUCCUUAUGCAUGUAUUCAUCGUACUUUUCGUUUUAUAUUAUCUAAAUAA